UACUGACGCUCCUUCAAACGCUAUUUUUAUUCAUAUAAAUAAAAUGAGCGACGUUAAAUCAGCAAAGACAGAGAACUUAUUAUCUACCGAUGCAGGAACACUCUUUGCCGAUGGCGAGCGUGUACUCUGUUUUCAUGGACCGCUCAUUUACGAAGCCAAAGUGUUAAAAACGAAACCAGAAACUUCUCCAAUCGAAUAUUACAUUCACUAUGCUGGCUGGAGCAAGAACUGGGACGAGUGGGUGCCCGAAGGCCGUGUUCUCAAAUUCAAUGAGGGCAACGUGAAGAAGCAAAAGGAAUUGUCCCGCUUAUAUGGCGAACGUGAACGUUCAAAAAAAGACAACAAAAAAGCAGGCAAUGCCAAGGCGAAGAAAACAGAGCAAGUUGGUAACGAUUCUCGUGCCCCAACGCCUUCUAAAGAGGGUAAUAUUUCAUUAAAUGCCGGUAUUAGCACAACAGCUGGAACUGGUGCUACCGUAAAGCAUGAAAGCGGAAUUAGCAGCAGCACUAUAUCAAACAGCGUAACAACCAGUCGUAGUAAUCGAAAAAGCACACAAGCUGCCAAUACAACCACCAGUACGCCACGUCCGAGUACACCGCACGCCAGUAUCAAAGAAGAUUCGGGUCCACCAGAAAUGCCAGAAGAUGAGGCGGGCACGGGAACGGCUCCACCACAAAAAAAGAAACGCAUGAGUGAACAGCGUUCAUCAGUAGCAGGUAAUGGUACCGACACGGUUGCCCCAACGCCACAACAAACUCCAAGCACGACAGGCACGACGACAUCUGGAUCUAUUAGCGAUGCGCCUUGCGUUGAGAGCGAGGAAACUUAUACAAUGAAGCUGGAGGUGAAAAUCAAAAUUCCCGAUGAACUGAAGCAUUGCUUAACUGACGACUGGUACGCGAUUUCCAAAGAGAAGAAACUGCUAGAGCUGCCCGCUAAAGUUACUGUACAGCAAAUAGUUGAUCAGUAUUUAGCCCAUAAAAAAUCUAAAUCAGCCAAGACAACAAAUGCAAGCAAGGAAGUGGCCAUUAAUGAUGUGCUUGACGGUGUAAUUGAGUACUUUAAUGUAAUGCUUGGCUCUCAGCUGCUCUAUAAAUUUGAGCGCACACAGUAUAUGGAUAUAAUGCAAAAACACCCCGAGACUCCAUUGUCGGAACUAUAUGGUGCGUUUCAUCUAUUGCGCCUUUUUGUCAGGUUGGGUUCGAUGUUAACAUACUCUUCGCUGGAUCAACAAGCAAUGCAAGCAUUACUGGCUCAUCUACAUGAUUUCCUCAAGUUUCUCGGCAAAAAUAGCGCGUUAUAUUUUAGCAUGGGCAAUUUUAUUAACGUCGAUCCCGAAUAUGUGCGCAAUGCGCAGUGACUGAAAGGCAUAUCUGAUUCUGCCCAACUGUCUACCACACAGAACCACGAGUCAACCUCAAGGCUCAAGGACCAAAUAAAGAAUGUAGCUUAAAUCCCUGUUAUGAUUCUCUUCUAUCAAAUAAAACCC